GCUCGCAGCUUUACGUGCUCUGGAGUCGAUGUGUUCUUGCGGGUAGAAGAACGAAUAUCCACUGAGAUGUUUCAGCAUAUGGCAUGGGAUAAGAAAAAGAAGAUUUGUGUGGAGGAAGGCUCAGAUAAAGAUUUGUAAAUAACUCCAUGGCUUUACGAGAACGGUGUGAUUCUCCCACCCAUCAAAUCACUGCCUUAUUCUCUUCCCCAAUCCAGUGAUCGCCUGUUCUGCCUUGAUUUCCUACCCCAUGGAAAUAUCAUUCACAACUGUGCACACCCCACCGCAGCACAGCUUAUAAAGAUCAGACCACGACGACUUCCUCUCCGUAGCAGCACACAGUUUUCAGAAGGCGACAAGUGAUCCAUUAGCAUUAGAGCCGACUUCUAUUGUUCUGUUUAGAGAUGGCGUCCUGUUCGUUGAGCUCCGCCUGGACGCCGAAGCAGAACAAGGUGUUCGAGAUGGCCCUGGUGGAGUACGACAAGGACACGCCCGACCGCUGGCACAAGGUGGCGCGCGCCGUCGGCGGGAAGUCCGAGCAGGAAGUGAAGCGGCACUACCAGCUGCUCGUGGAGGACCUCCUUCGCAUCGAGACGGGACAAAUGCCUCGCGCCAAUUACCACUCGGCCGGCAACAGGGGCUGAAGUGUCAACCGGAGUGAAGUAUAAAGAAUUCAUUACCUAUGCAUGGAAUAUUACAGGCAGCAGUCUACCGUAUAUCAUCAGCCAGAAGAACCAGACAGAAAUAUCAGACAUCACUGAGCUCAAAAGACUUCUGUUUCUCUUCCUGUGAAUCUGUGUUGUACAUAUAUCGCAGGCAGACGUAAAGAUGCCUUGUUUACUGUACUUAAACUUAAGCUCAAUAUAAUUCUCUUUAGCAA